AUGCAAUGGUUAAUGUACGAAUUGUCCAAGCGUCCAGAAGCUCAACAAAAGGCCAGAGAAGAAGCAAUCAGAAUUGGAGGAGGUGACAAUGUUUUGAGAGCUCCAGAUUUUGAUGAUUACAACAAUAUGGACUAUAUUCAUGGUUGUGUAAUGGAAUGCUUACGUCUCCAUCCACCAGUCGUUUCCAUGGUAAAAACCUGUGCCAAAUCUACCAAAAUUGGAAAAACAAGCAUUCCAAAGGGAUCUUGCAUCUAUGUAAAUGCCAAGGCCUGUCACUUGUACGGUGAAGAUUUUAACACCACUGAAUUUACUGGUGCUCAAUUCGCUCCAGAAAGAUUUUUGGAUAAGGAUUUCAAACAAAAGGUUCAAACAAGUGGAGCAUGGUUCCCAUUCAAUAUGAGUAAUAGAAAAUGCAUUGGUUACAUGUUUGCCCAAAUUGAAUUGUGUAUCAUGUUGUGUAGAAUGUUGCAAUUUUAUGAAUUCAAAUUGUUGAAUGAUGAAAGUAAACCAGCUGAGAAGGUUGAAGAUCUUCCUGGUAUUACCUUUAGACCAUCUUCUAAUUUGAAGGUUUUGGUAACAAGAAGAACAAAAUAA